CCCUCCAGCCCCGUUCGGCUGUUCCGGUUCCCUCCCCCCGUUCCCGACCCGGCAAUGGCGGAUCCGAAAUACGCGGAUCUGCCUGGGAUCGCCAGGAAUGAACCUGAUGUCUAUGAGACCAGUGACCUCCCUGAGGAUGAACAGGCAGAGUUCGAGGCGGAGCUGGAGGAACUGUCCAGCUCCAGUGUUGAGCAUCUGAUCAUUAACCCCAAUGAUGCCUAUGAGAGAUUCAGGGACAAGCACCUGAGGACUGAGGGGGUCGAUUUCUCUGACCGCAUCACCCGGAGCAGGACAACAGGAUAUGAGGCUGGAGAGUAUGAGAUGGUGGGUGAGGGGGUUGGUGCCAAGGAGACCCCACAGCAGAGAUACCAUCGGCUACAGUAUGAGCUACAGGAGCUGAGCAGGGAGGUGGAGCAGAUCCAGGGUUCCCUGCAGGGCCUGGAGCAGGAUGUGACCCCCAUGGGCCUGGCCAGGCAGGUUGAGGGGCUCAGGCACCAGCUGCUCUCCAGUCACCUGCACCAGGUUCUGGGCCCCACAGCUGCCAUUGACUUCACUGACCCACAGGGAGCACUGGCCAAGCGCCUCCUGCACCAGUUGGAAGUGGCCAAAGGGACCAGAGGGAAGAGCAAAACCCCAACGGGAACAUCCGGUGACCCCAUAACCUUUGAACUCUACUGGCGACCUGAGCUGGACCAGUUCAACCAGAGCACCAAGGUGGCUGAGCUGGAGAAGAGACUUGAGCAGCUGGAGACUAUAGUGAGAUGUGAGACUGAGACCCAGAACCCACUGCUGGUUGGGCUGAAGGGAACCAACCUCAUGGAGACUGUUCAGCUCCUCCAGGCCAAGGUCAGUAUCCUGGACAUGGCUGUGCUGGACCAGGUGGAGGCAAGACUGCAGAGUGUCCUGGGGAAGGUGAAUGAGGUUGCCAAGCACAAGGCAGCUGUGCAGGACGCUGACACCCAGAGCAAGAUCCAUCAGGUCUAUGAGACCCUCCAGCGCUGGGACCCUAUAGCCACUGCCCUGCCUGACCUGGUGCAGCGCUUGGUGACCCUGAAGGAGCUGCAUGAGCAAGCCUCCCAGUUCGGGCAGGUCCUGCUGCACUUGGACACUACCCAACAGGAGGUGUCCAUGGCCCUAAAGGACAAUGGGGCCCUGCUGGCUGAGGUCCAGAAGACCAUGAAGGACAAUGUGGCCAUAGUGGAGCAGAACUUUGCUGCCAUUGAUGCUCGGAUCAAACAGCUGCAGAAGUGACCCCCACAUAUGGGUCUGACCCCCACAUAUGGGUCUGACCCCCCCCCCUAUGGGUCUGACCCCCCCCCUAUGGGUCUGAC